AAAGCACAAAACAAAGCGUACCAAACAUCAUGUCAGCACAGAGGUAACGGUAGACAAAGGAAGAGAAGAGUGCGCAAUAGAGGCACCACAUGCAUCCAUCGCCCUGAUAUUAUUACAGCUACCUGGAAGACGACCCAGUGGCUGCCUUUUGAUGCCAGCCUGCUGCUUUUAAUGCAGUAGGUCUGCAACCAACACAAGCCAGUUAGACACGCAAGCAGAAAUGGAGCUCCAGGUUUGUCACUCCUGUGGAUGGUCCAAAGUGACAACUUACCAGGGCCUGAGAACUCACCAGGGGAAGAUGGGAUGCACCCCGAAGGGUGUGAGGGUUUCAGACCCUCCACAGCAUUACACACAGAGCUAUGUGGGUCACACAAAAACUCAAAUGGACCUCAGGGUAGAUGUCCGCGCCUCUUUCAAGAUUGAAACAGAAACAACAGAAUAUUCAAACGUGAGCCUUCAGGUUUGUCACUGCGGAUGGAACAAACUUACGACUUACCAGGGUUUAAGAAUUCACCAGGGGAAGAUGGGAUGCACACCAAAGGGAGUGAGGAUCCCCAAAAAAGAGCAGUACAACUGGAAAAAUCAGUGGGAGGAGGACACGGAAUACUGGAAACCAGCUAAGAAGGCGACUGUAAAGGAGGAGAAUUUUCCAGAGUCACCAAGCAUGUACGGCUAUGCCAACUCUGGAGCAACGGCCAUAUUCAAGGAAGAAUACAAACUGACAGCUUCUGCAUAUACACAGCACUACUCCCAAAGAUCCAGAAAGUCACACCACCAGCUGCAGGAACACUCCACCCUUCCACAGGUGAGCAGACCUGCCAGGGAGCCUUCAGCACCAUCAUACCCAGGAAAUGUAGUCAGGCCCAAGGAGAAGAAAGUAAAGCAGAAAACAUUAUCACAGAUAGAAAACAGCAGCACGAUGGCAGAAUACCUGAGUGUUGACCUCUAUAGAGACUAUGCAACAACAGCAACCAAAAUCAAGCAGGAGCCCAAAUCACCACUUCGCACAACUCCACAGUCAUCUUUCCAAAGAGCCAGCCGUCGCCUGCCACAGGAGUUCUCCCCUGGUGUGGAGAUACAAAGAUCUGUACCUCCAACUCCUCCACCACGGGAACAAGCAGUGCUGCCUGUGAAAAAAGACAGCAGGGAGCAAACACAGGUGAACAGACCUGCCAGGGAGCCUUCAGCACCACCACACCCAGGAAACAUAGUCAGGCCUAAGAAGAAAAAAGUGAAGCAGCAAACAUUUCCACAGACAGAAGACAGUAGUGAACUGGCAGGAUAUCUUAGCAUUGACUGCUCUGCAGACUAUCCAACAACAGCAACCAAAAUCAAGGAGGAGCCCAAAUCACCACUUGCAACCCCACAACCAUCUUUCCAAAGAGCCACCAGCGUUCGGCAGCAGGAGGUUCCCCUGGAAGCAGCAGUGAUGCUCAAAAAUCAAGAGAGGAAGAACCAAACACAGAACUCACCAGGACCAGCAAAGACAAGCAGCAGUAACAGCUCUGCAGCAACGUUCAGAGAGGAUGAAUAUGACUCAGUUUCUGCACAACGCUCCACCCAAAGAGCCAAUAACUCAAAAUCAGACCAUCAGCUUUACGAGUUCUCCAGCCUUCCACAGGUGACUGCACCUGCCAGGGAGCCUUCGGCACCAUCAUGCCCAGGAAAUGUAAUCCAAUCUAAGGAGGAAAAAAUAAAGCAACAACCAUUAUCACAUGCAGUAGACAGUAAUGCAGUGACAGGAUAUCUAAACAUUGACCCAUCUGCAGACUAUGCAACAAUAGCAGUCAAAAUCAAGGAGAAGCCAAAAUCACCACCCGCAACCUCACAACCAUCUUUCCAAAGAGCCACCAGUGACCAGCAGCAGGAAUUCUCCACGGGUUUGAAGGUUAGAAGAUCUGUCAGAGAACCUCCAAGUACUCGAGAACCGGAAACAGCAGAGCUGAUAGAAAAGAAAGAGACGAAUGAUCAGAGACAGGUGAUGAGUCCAGCAACCACAAACCCAGCACCAGCAGGCCAAGCUGAGGAAAAUCACACGCAGAAUCAAACAUUUUCACAGGUGAGCAAAUCAGCCAGAUGCCACCCGACAGCUAAACCUCCGGUCCCGCCGAAGAAGAAGAAUUCGGCUUUAUUCAAGGAAAGGCUGGAGAGAUUUAAAGCUGAAUUACAGCCAAAAAUUCAGAUGACAGAGGGGAAGAACUGUGAAGUCAGAGCCUGCAGACCAGAGAGCGUCCCAAAUGUAACGAGUGCAAACACACAAACAAGUCCUGCAGCAGCGGACGUCUCACCGAAGGACAAUCCAACACAGUUGGAUCACGCUGCAGAGGCUGAGCUCUCCACUGGUGUGAAGGUGAAGGAACUCGCCCGCAUGUUUUCAGCCAAGGAAACGCUGAUUUCAACAAAGGAGAAACACGGAGCCAACCAAAAACCGUCUCAGGUGAAACUGCUGGCUCAAAGGUUUUCAACUAUUUCUGCCCAGGAAACAGCAGCCAAAGCAAAGGAGGAGCAUGGAGAGGAGCAGAAACCCACACAGAUGGUGACAGAUUCAAAAAGCGAUCCCAUCAAAAUCAAUUCUGCAGCAGCGAAAGCAUCACUAACAGCGGAGAAGGAUCCCAAAUUAUCAUGUGAAAAUGCACCACUCUCAGAUUUCUCCUCUGGUUUAAAGGUGAAGGAUCUGGCCCGGAUGUUUUCAGCCAACACAACACAGGAGAAAACAAUCGGACUAAAAGAGAAACGGAGAGAAGAACAGAAACCUGCAAACGGCGUAAACCACAAUCAAUCUCGUUUAGAAAGCAGAGAGCAUAAUGUGGUGAAGCUGCUUAUCCAGAAGCUUUCAGCCAGGGAAACUAAAGAUCAUCAAAAAGAGAAAGACACAGACACGAAGGAUCGAAACCACUCAAAGUGGAUAUAAGGCUGGAUCCGGGCACAGGGAAGCAAGUGAGAGCCAGAGAAGAGAAAAAGAAAGCUCCAGAGGCUUAGACGUCAUUCAGCAAUGUCCUUGGGCUCAGCAGCCGGAUCCUUGGGAAGUCUUACUGGGAGGUGGAGGUUAUCAACACGAGCAUCUGGGUGUAAUAAAAGCCAGCCAAGGCAUAAGGAGAACCUCUCACAAAACCCCCAAAAUGAUUCCUGGGUGAUCACACAAAAAUGACAAAGACUGUACAGUCCUCACAGAACCACCUGCUUCCUCUGCCAAAAGGAAAACCUCACAAACGUUGGCGUUUUUGUGGAUUACAAGGAAGGUUUUGUGUCAUUCUACGAACCACAGAGUGUUUGUUUACUGGGGAACUUAACCCCUAUUUCAGUUUGCAUGUUAAAGAAGGUGUUGCCACUGCUAACCGUCAGCAACUAUGCAUGGGUGUGGUAGUCUUUGUGAACUGGUUUGUGUAUAUGUGCAGUUGUUACUAUUAUAUUUUUUCUUUAAGUGCCAUGUUUGGUAGCAUAUGCGCGGGUUCUGCCCAGGUGUUAAUAGUAAAUCAUUCAGUCCCAGUCUGCUGUCAUGUAUAAGCCUAGAUGUUGCUAUUGUUUCAUGCUGGAAAUGGAAAAUAAAUAAACUCACCUAUCUCUUCCUUAUCAUCCAGUGAGGAGGAUAUGACAAUUACAGAGUGCAGCUACUACACUUUUAUUAGUGUUCAGCAUGAAAAGCAUGAAAAACAGCCCUGCGUGCUAAAUGAGGAGUGUCUUUUGCGCCCCACAUCCUCCUUUACACUAAGUCUAAAAAAAGAUUUUAGCAUCUAAUUUACUGUCUAAAAGUAUCAAAUACAUUAAAUACCCACUUAAUCGUUUUAACUGAUUUAACUGAUGUCAUGAAAAAGAUCGCAUCAGGCGUCCCGUCAGUUUUAAACUUUGAUUUUUUGGGGGAUUAUAAUAUUGGUAAAAAACAAUCCACUUUUACUUACCACGAAAAAAAAAACGUUAGUCGGCAUAAAAAAAAAAAA